AUGGCAGCGGCCAUCGCCAGCGGGUUGAUCCGGCAGAAGAGACAGGCGAGGGAGCAGCACGCACACCGGCCGACCCCUCACCGGCGGCGGAAGAGCCCCGGUAAGAAGCAGGGGCUGUGCAACGGGAACCUGGUCGACAUCUUCUCCAAAGUCCGGAUAUUUGGCCUGAAGAAGAGGAGGCUACGGAGACAAGAACCACAGCUGAAGGGCAUAGUGACCAGGUUGUUCUGCAGGCAGGGCUUCUAUCUCCAGAUGGGCCAGGAUGGAAGUAUGGACGGGACCAAAGACGACAGCACCAACUCCUCUCUGUUUAACUUAAUUCCUGUGGGUCUGAGAGUCGUGGCCAUCCAAUCAGUCAAGACUGGCCUCUACAUCGCCAUGAACGGAGAGGGUCACCUCUACUCAUCGGAACUGUUUACAGCGGAGUGUAAGUUUAAGGAGUCGGUGUUUGAGAACUACUACGUGAUCUACAGCUCUAUGCUCUACAGACAGAAGGAGUCGGGCCGGGCCUGGUUUCUUGGCCUCAACAAAGAGGGACAAGCCAUGAAGGGCAACAGGGUCAAAAAGACCAAACCAGCUGCACACUUCCUGCCUAAACCUAUAGAAGUUGCGAUGUACCGAGAGCCUUCGUUGCACGAUGUAGGGGAGGCGGUGCCUAAACUCGCCGGGGGCCCGCCUUCCAAAAGCACAACCAGCGAACCGGUGAUCAUGAAUGGCGGCAAACCAGUCAACAAACCCGACAAGGGGGCGACAUAA